GCUUGAAGCCUUCACAGUGAUGGCGGAGAAGAGGCCACUGGGGACGCUGGGGCCUGUGAUGUAUGGCAAGCUGCCCCGCCUAGAGGCAGACUCCGGGCCUGGGCACAGCCUGCCCACCUCUGCUGGUAACCAGGACCCCUGCAGCUACAAGGGUGCCUACUUCUCUUGUCCCGUGGGGGGUGCUCCCAAGGCAGGGUCAGAACGGUUCGCUUCCUGGACCCCAUACCCACCCUUGUACCCUACCAGCAUGGCAGGACCCCCACUUCGGACAGACAGUCUCUUGAGCAACUGCCUGCUCUACCGCCCACCAGCAGAAAGCUCUGAGAAGGUACAAGACUCUGGCCCUGUUGAGCUCCUGCCUUUCAGUCCCCAGGCUCAUUCCUACCCAGGCCCACCACUGGCUGCACCCAAACCUGUCUACCGCAACCCUCUGUGUUAUGGGCUUUCCCCUUGCCUGGGGGAAGGGCCACCGAAGAGACCACUAGAUGUUGAUUGGACGCUGGUGACUGGGCCACUCUUACCCUCGGCCAAUUCCCCUUGUUCUCUGACCCCAGCUCCUGGAAAGGGCCAAUCCCUGGAUGGCUCUUUCUUGCGUGGGGUGCCAGCUGGGGGAUCUGGCAAAGACUCCUCAGUGAGCUUCUCUCCAUGCCAAGCAUUCCUAGAGAAGUAUCGGACCAUCCACAGCACUGGCUUCCUGGCCUCCAAGUAUGCAGGUCCUUACUCUGGGGACUCCAAGCAGGCAUUGUCCGAGGGACCCCCGAGUCCUUGGACCCAGCUGGCCCAACCCCUGGGACCAGCCUGCCAGGAUGCAGUGCCGACCCACUGCCUGCUGCCUCACCCCCCGCAGGCCCUGCCUUGCCCUCCAGCCUGUCGCCACCCAGAGAAGCAGGGCAGCUAUAGCUCAGUGCUCCCAGUGCAGCCUCUGGGAGCUCACAAGGGGGCUGGGUACCCAGCUGGUGGACUGAGCAGCCCUUACCUGAGGCAGCAGGCAGCCCAGACACCCUAUAUGCCCCCAGUGGGGCUGGACACUUAUUCCUACCCCUCUGCACCCGUCCCAGCACCCUCACCAGGCCUCAAGCUGGAGCCACCUCUCGCUCCACGCUGCCCACUGGACUUUGCCCCCCAGACACUGGGCUUUCCUUAUGCGCGGGAUGAUCUCUCUCUCUAUGGAGCAUCCCCAGGGCUUGGAGGGACACCACCUUCCCAGAACAGUAUGCAGGCUGUUCCACAGCCCAGUGCCUUCCAGCGGGCGUGCCAGCCUCUACCUGCCCGCCAGCCGUGCUCAGAGCCUAUGAGGCCUACGGAGAAACCAGUACAGGAAGCCGAGGAGAAGAUAUGGCUGCCCAGCUGCAGGAAAGAGCAGCUCCAGCCCCAGCUUGAUGAGCACCUGGGGGCACCCAUUGUCAUCGGAGACAGUCCUGUUCCCCGCACCCCACCAGCUCUCCCUCCCUGUGCUGAGGAGCGCCAAUCUCUUCCACAGAAUGAGGGCAUGCUGCCACCCAGCUCUCCACCCAUGCCUAUUAUCGACAAUGUCUUCAGCCUGGCCCCCUACCGUGACUACCUGGAUGUGCAGGCACCUGAGGCCACAGCUGAGCCUGACCCAGCCCCAGCCCCAGCCCCCAGUGAGAGCCAUGACAAAGACUGCAAGGGAACCCUGCCUGCCCAGGAGGCCCCCUCCAGGGCGCACUGCUCACUUAGGGAGGAGAUGGCACUGGACUUGAGUGUGAAGAAGCCAGUGGCAGAGGCUCCUCCUCUCAAUGUCCCUAGUCCUGUGGUGCAUGCCAAGCCCACUGUAGCUGUGGAUGUGCCGGGCACAGGGAACACAGUCUCAGACAUGCCAGGUAUGGGGAGCACAGUCCCGGAUCCGCCAGGCCUGAAAAAGACAGUCACAGAAGCACCUGGGCUACCUGGGAUGCCAGUGACCACAGAGGCCACCCCGAGGACCAACUUCCACAGCUCCGUUGCCUUCAUGUUCCGGAAAUUCAAGAUCCUCCGGCCAGCACCCUUGCCUGCAGCUGUGGUCCCAUCUGCACCCACCUCAGCCCCUGAGCCUGCACAGCCUGCACCCACCCCUGCAUCUGUGCCCAUUGGACUACAGAUUCUCACCCAGCCCUUGCCUGUGGCCUGCUUCAACCUGGCACUGCCCAGCCCUCCAGCUGUAGCCAUGGCCUCCCCAACCCCUGCUCCAGCUCCGUCACCUGCUCCAGCUCCGGCUCCACUUGCAGGCCCUGCUCCAGCUCCGGCUCCACUUGCAGGCCCUGCUCCAGCUUCUACCCCCACCACAGCAGACUCCCCAGAGCAACACUUUGCAGGACUGCAUGCGUCCCUAUGUGACGCCAUCUCAGGUUCAGUGGCCCACUCUCCACCUGAGAAGCUGCGUGAGUGGCUUGAGAUGGCUGGGCCCUGGGGCCAGGCAGCAUGGCAGGACUGCCAGGGUGUGCAGGGGCUGCUGGGCAAGCUGCUAUCCCAGCUGCAGAGCUUCGUGUGCACACAGCAGUGCCCCUUCCCCCAUGUGGUGCGGGCCGGCGCCAUCUUUGUGCCCAUCCACCUGGUAAAGGAGCGGCUCUUCCCUCGGCUGCCGCCUGCUUCCGUGGACCAUGUGCUGCAGGAGCAUCGCGUGGAGCUGCGUCCUACCACGCUGUCGGAGGAGCGGGCACUGCGGGAGCGGGCCCUGCACGGCUGCACCUCACGCAUGCUGAAGUUGCUGGCGCUGCGCCAGCUGCCUGACAUCUACCCUGACCUGCUGGGCCUGCAGUGGCGUGACUGUGUACGCCGCCAGCUGGGUGACUUGGACACUGAGGCUGGAACUGUACCCUCCUCAGAACCCACCAUGGCCAGAGAUGAGCCAGAGAACCUAGCCCUGGCUUGGAAGUCACCUGUCCCCAAGGCCAGGAAGCUGGGAAGGAAGCCAUCAACCCCUGGCCCAGAGAAAGCAGAGGCAACUGCUGGGGGAGCGUCCCAUGGUGCCUCACCUACUCCUGCUGCCAGUGCCAGCCCACCCGGCCCCACACUGAGGGCCCGCUUCCGUAGCCUGCUGGAAACUGCCUGGCUCAAUGGCCUGGCACUGCCCACUUGGGGCCACAAAACCUCAGGACCAGACCGGCCCACGCCCCACCCACAGCUGUUGGGCAGCCAGAGCCACCACCUGUAGCAUUGGUCACGGGUGCUGUCUGGGAGUCACGCUCCCUCCCCCUCCCUUCUUCGGCUGCCUGGGGUCAGGAGUGGACAUGCCCUUGGAGUUCCUCCAGCUCUCACCCUGCACCCCCACCCCCAGGUUGGGCUGAGAGCCCCUGAGCUUUUAACUUGAAGGCCUUUGUUAGAAAGGACUCCUUCCUAUUUCUUCCUUAGAGAAAAUGUGGGCUUUGGAGUCCAACAGAUGUGGUUUUGAGUCCUGGCUCCUGUGUUCCUUGCUGUGUAACUGGGCAGGUCACCUCCUCUCUUGAACCCUCUGUUCCCCAUUUGUAAAAUAGGACAACGCAGCCUACCUCGCAGGGUGUUGUGGGGGUAAUGCCUAACACACCCAUUAUGGUUUGCUCUCUGCUCCCUGCCCAGGACAGGGGCCUAGAUCUCAGCCAGGGUCUAGAAUGUGAGGCUGAGGCAAGCAGAACCUUCCUCUAGAAAGUCUGUGUAUGUCAUAGGACUUGGUUUUCUCAGAGUGGUACAUUGUACGUGUGUGUGAUUCACACUUUCUAGGGUCAUCCCCCAGAAAGCCUAGGGCCAUAGCCCCAGCAUUUGGGGUUGGGCCCCAACCCCCAGCUGGGAGCUCCCUGAGGGAGCCUACCCCUCCCCUUCCCCAUGACAGGGGGCACAAGGAUACAGCCUGGGGCUGGCAUCCUUGUCCUGGGCCUGCUGCUCUCAACUCAGGAGGCCCCAGGCCUGUCCUGAAUUGACACCAGUGAUUUUCCUGAGCUGCCUCUGCCACAUGGUGCAUUAUCCUGAGAAAGUUGUGUGUUUGCUGGAAGCCAAGCAGCUGCAGGGACUCAGGGACUAGAAGGGACAGGCUGCGCAACCCCUCAGUUCUGGGAAGUCUCUGAAGAGAUGUACUGAAGACCCUGGCACUCCCCAAGCCAGAACCCCAUCAGCCAGCCUGCUGUGGCUUACCUCCUUGCAGAGUGCUGAACAGCUGGAGGCUUGCAAACUGGGCCUUUGGCCCAUUUAAGGUUUUGUAAUAAGGCUGUGGGCCCUGGAGGCAGGCCAUUAAACAUUAAAGCAUUGGGGUUGUUGUUGGACCUGGGGCUUGGCUGUGUUGGAGGAGGUGGGUCAGGGUCAGCUUGGUCUGGUCAUCACCAGGUGCCUAGCCCUCUGCCCACAGGCUGCAGCUCUCCCUGUUCCUGCCCCCGAAGAUGCUGGGGCUCUCCACACCCUAUGCCAGCUGGCUCUGGCCAGGUGGGCCCUUGUCACAUGCCCACGGGGUAGCCAGUUACCUGCUCAGGGAAAGCGCCCCCCUUUCUUGGCCUUAGGCCACUGCCCAGUCACCAGGCCCCAGCACAUGCCCCUCUCCCAGGACCAAGGGUGUGCCCGCCAAAGUCUAGGUAGAACAGAAGCUGUUCCCCCCUACCCAUGUUGGUGACUGCAUCCCAACAAGGGACGGCCCCUCCCACACAUUAGCUGGGCUAAGGACCCCUGCAGACACCCUAUGCCUGCUGGGCUCUUUUCCCACAGAGGUUUGUUCUCAGGUCUGCUGAGGUGGCUUCCUGGAUGUGGUUUCACAUUCCAUCUGGGCCAGGAGCCAGUCGCUAGGGCUGGUCAGACCUGCCUGGCAUUGACCCUAAUCUUUGUGGGUUUCACUGAGCCCAGUGACGCUUUUCCUCCUGUGCCUCCCAACAGCUGGAGCGUGGCCUUGCAUGGGGCAGGAUCUAGAGUGCAGCUGCCAUUGUCCCAGUAUUGUAUGCAUAUGGGCCAGAAGAGGUCCCUGGCUUGUGAAAGGGACAGGCCAGGAGAUGGGCAACUCCAACAUAUUAUGGUCACUGCAGCCACAGAACCUGAGAGAAGGGCACUGGAAACUCAGGAGGGGCCUGUCUUGCCUGGGGAUGAGUAGGUGUCCUUGGGUCCCAAGAGGUGCUGUGUGAAAUGGGUGAGCCUUGAAGACAAGUAGGAAGAAGUAGGUAAAAACAAGUGUUGAGUGCCAUCUGAGCCAGGUGAACAGCAUGUGCAAGGGCCUAUGGGUAUGUUUGGAAAAGGGAAAUACCCAGGUGUGGCUGGAGUGCGGGGAACUAGCCGGAGGAGGGGGAGGGGACAGGGCCAGAAAAAAUGGCUCAAAAUCCAAUGCAACUCAUUCAGUCCUGCAAGCUGGAGAACAGAGGGUGUGGUCCAUGUGAAGUGCCAAGAGUUUGAAUCACCUGAGGCUUGUGUAGGGGAAGAGGGAGAAUCCCCCACCUUUCCUUCUGGAUCUUAUGACUGGUCAAAUAAAGUGACAUAAGGCAGGUUAGCAGAAGAAAAUAAAAGUUUAAUUACAUGCAUAUAUGGGAGAAACCCUGGAAAACUGAGUGACUCGCCAA